AUGCAUGAAUGGGAACAAUCAUUGAUUCAACAACAACAAGCAAGAAAUAAACUAUAUGGUCGAUAUAUUGAUGAUAUUUUUAUGACUUCGAAUGAACCUGUUGAAAUCAUUAAAGCAUUACUUGAUCAGGAAAAUGAAAAAGAUCCAAAUAUUCGUAUUAGUUAUACCAUUCAUGAGUCUGUGGAAUUUCUUGAUGUUCUUCUUGAAAAUCUUCAAGGACAAUUGAAAACAUCUGUUUUUCGUAACCCAGCUGCUGAACCAUAUAUACUUCCAUAUACAUCUGAUCAUCCACGGCAUAUUCAUUCGAAUACAAUCCAUACUGCCUUACUUCGUGAUGUUCGUCUUUGUUCACACGUUGAAACAUUCUAUCAAGAACGAUUAAAUAUUGAAAUAGCCUUACUUAUAAAUGGAUAUCCGCCAAAAUUUAUCAGUCAUCAUUUAAAAAAAUAA